AGACCACACAAGACCGGCCAUACAACCUCCGGUCCUCGACAAACCUUCGGAUCUUUCCAAUCGCCCACAUCACAAUGUCUGAGAGCAAGGGACACCGAUUAUACGUCAAGGGCAAGCACCUUUCGUACCAGCGCGGCAAGCGCAACACCAACCCAAACACCUCCUUGAUCCAGAUCGAGGGCGUGUCAGACUCCAAGGCCGCCUCCUUCUACCUCGGAAAGCGCAUCGCAUAUGUUUACCGGGCGAAGACGGAGAUCCGGGGGACGAAGAUCCGGGUCAUCUGGGGCAAGGUGACCAAGACACACGGCAACUCCGGCGUCGUACGAGCACAGUUCCGCAGCAACCUCCCGGCAAAGUCAUUCGGCGCGAUGGUGCGCAUCAUGCUGUACCCCAGCGCGGUAUAGAUACGAAACUUCCCUCUCACAUACACACAUUCAACCAUGACGUCUUUUUUUUCUCGAAUGGAGCAUUUGGAACCUGGCGCUGG